CAAUUGUUGAUCAGAUCACAUCUAAGGGAUUCAGAAGCACAGAAGAGCAGAGAUUUGAGUGGGCUAAAAAAACAUCCUGAGACACCCUGACGAAUGCACACACCUUGUCCCUUAUUCGUAUCCGAGCUUCCUCUGUAAAACGCGCGCACUGUGGGAGAGGGACUCCGUGGCUGAAUCCAUUUUUUUCUUACAUCAGUUUUUACCCCCCCCCCCCCUGAAGACAUAUUUUCACCAACCCUUCUGUGCUUGCUGUUGUGCACGCAGUGGCAGCGAUUCCCCUGCUGGAGAGACAUGUCCUUCCCGCAGCUGGGUUACCCCCAGUACCUGACCGCCGGCCAGGGUGCAGUCUAUGGCGGCGAACGGCCGGGCGUUUUAGCCGCGGCAGCAGCAGCAGCCGCAGCAGCCGGAAGGCCAACAGGAGCUGAGCUGGGCAGCUGUCCUACCGCGGCAGUCACCUCAGUGCUGGGCAUGUAUGCCAGCCCGUACAGCUCUCCCAACUACAGCGCCUUUCUGCCAUACACAACCGAUCUCACCCUUUUCUCCCAAAUGGGAUCGCAGUAUGAACUGAAAGACAACCCUGGUGUCCACCCAGCUACGUUUGCUGCGCACACUACUCCAGGCUAUUACCCCUAUGGGCAGUUCCAGUAUGGAGACCCAGGGCGGCCAAAGAAUGCCACCAGGGAGAGCACCAGCACCCUAAAGGCUUGGCUCAACGAGCACAGAAAGAACCCAUACCCCACCAAGGGGGAGAAGAUCAUGCUGGCGAUAAUCACCAAGAUGACCCUCACCCAGGUCUCCACGUGGUUUGCCAACGCCAGGAGGAGACUAAAAAAAGAGAAUAAGGUCACUUGGGGGGCAAUGGGUAAGGAAGAUGACAACAUCUUUGGUAGUGAUAAUGAAGGAGACCAUGAAAAAAAUGAAGAUGACGAGGAAAUAGACUUGGAGAGCAUAGAUAUUGAUAAGAUUGAUGACAACGACGGUGAACAAAGCAACGAGGAAGAGGAUGAGAAACUGGACCACUUUAGACAUGGCGAGAAAGUAAGUUUGAAAAAGGAGAGUGAGGUGAUGAUUCCAAGUUCCGACGGACUUAAACCAAAAGACUCAUUGUCCCUGGGUAAGGAAUGUUCUGAUACCAGCAAUACCAGAAUCGUAAGCCCUGGUGGACAGGGCAACAUACAAGCUCCACCUCACAGUAAACCAAAAAUCUGGUCCUUGGCAGAAACAGCAACAAGCCCAGAUGGGGCCUUGAAGUCUUCUCCUCCACCUUCCCAAGCCAAUCACACAUCUCCCCAAAUGCAGCACCCAGCCUUUCUCCCCAGCCAUGGACUAUACACAUGUCAAAUUGGCAAAUUUCACAACUGGACAAACGGGGCUUUUCUCACACAGAGCUCUCUGAUAAACAUGAGAUCCUUGUUGGGAGUAAACCCUCACCAUGCGGCUCACCAUAACCACCACCACCUUCAGGCUCACCAACAAUCUACAUUGUUAGCAACAAACCUGGGUUCCCUCAGUAGCGACAAAACUCCAGAGAGGACCAGUCCCAAGCACUCAGACAGAGAAAAUUUACCCAGAACCGAAUCACCACCUCAGUUAAAACCUUCCUUCCAAGCUGUUCGUGAAAAGACCUUUUCCCAACAAGAAGGCACCUCUCGUAUACUGACAGCACUUCCCUCUGCCUGACGGCUAGAAGAAAUUAUUAAAGAGCCCUUACCAAAAUAUGGACAGAACUGGAUAUUUUAUAAAUGUCGUCAUCCUCUUUUUGCAAUAAUGUGCUACAAAUUCAGACUACCCCGAUUUUUUACACAUCUUUAGACGGACCCCCCACUUUCCGAGUUUCACUUCAGACUCUGGUCUGAUACUUUUUAUGUUUCUCAAGUAUUUGUUUCAUUUUUUCUCUCUCUGUAUAUAAAGUGAUCUCAGAUUGUAAAUAGAGCGCAAGCAAAAACACUUGUCUAAAUGAUAUAUUUUUGUUUAAUAAACUAAAUGAAAUGAAAAA